CCUCCUCCCUCCCCCGUCUCCCUCCGCAUGCACUCAUCUCGUCCUGCAGGAAUACGCUGCUGUUCCUCCGCCGCUGCAGUCUGACACAAGCGGCAUGUCCACAAACUGAGAUCCGCACGUCGUACUGUCAGGCUCACACAGCGGCACAAUCCCUCCUGAAGGACGGUGAACUUGUGAUUUCUGUCCCCCUGCUGAAGGAGAAGAAGGAGCGUUGUUAUACCCCUGCGACGAGAGCUUUUUUUGGUGUGUGGAAAAUAUAAAGACUUGGAGUAGGCUCAAAACAAGGUCUGUCCCUGUAAACGUGAGCACUGAAGGAAGAGAACACAGAACUGCUUCAUCAUGAAUUUUGUAAUGAAAGCUGCGCUGGGAGGAGGUCCUCCUGAUGUGGGCAAGAUGCUGGGUGGGGAGGAGAAGGAGGAGGACCCUGACGCAGCAAAGAAAGAGGAGGAGCGUCAGGAGGCACUGAGGCAGCAGGAGGAGGAGAGGAAGGCCAAAUAUGCCAAGAUGGAGGCUGAGAGAGAAAGAAUGAGACAAGGCAUCAGGGAUAAGUAUGGCUUGAAAAAGCGUGAGGAGGCGGAGGCCGAGGCUGCAGCCGCUGCAGAGGAGCCCGCAGCCGGCAGCUUGACUCGACCCAAGAAGGCCGUGCCGGCCGGCUGCGGUGACGAGGAGGAAGAGGAAAGCAUCAUGGAUACGGUGAUGAAAUACCUGCCUGGCCCGCUGCAAGACAUGCUGAAGAAGUAAGCUAGCUCGCUAGUUAAUGCUAACGUUUCCUAGUUUAGUUCAUACGUUACAUUCACAAGGCUGGCUUAAAUCAGGGUUUUUCUUUUUCAUCCACAUGAUAUAGAUAUGAACUUUGUUCUCUAAGUGCAUACAAUUAUUCGAGUGUGGUCUUUUGGUGUUCAGACAAAUCAAAAGUUUUAUAGCGGGGAAAUGAAUCAUUUGUGAACCAGCCAUGUGAAUCGUGACCGUAACACUAUGCUAGGUUGACCUUUCAGGUGAACGUUAGCUUUACUGAGGUGAACGUUAGCUGUGCUACACUGAUGAAGCUAACAGCAAACAGCGGGGCUAAAAUCAGUAUGAUAGAUGGUUUAUCCUUCUAGUCCGAGAGAUUUUAAACUCCCCUUUCUCUCUCUGUGAUAGCUGCAGAGCUUUCUCACAGCUUUUGAAAAAAAUAAAAUAAAUAUAUAUAUCCCUGUUCGCUCAAUUUGUACAUAAAUAAAUCAAUACAGUACAUUACAAGCCUCAAGGUGGGCAAACAAUCAUACAAGUAUAUAAAAUUAUUAUAUUAACUGUGUGUCUGUCUCUAAAUUCAUAAAAUAAAUGUGACAACUUGAUAAGCCAUAUUUUAAAAUGGAAACUUAAAGACUAGUGUUUUGUGCUCCUAAAGCUGUUUUAUGUUCCACCAUGUCUGAAAUUUCUAUAAAACUUUUUGCACACAGUGUUACACAUCCUGUUGAUAGACCUGUUGUCUAUUACCCCUACACACACACUCCCCCGAUGCCCAAGUAUAAUGACAUUCAUGUAGUGUAGUGUUUAAAAACGUUUAUAUUCCCCUGCUCUGUGUGUCUCCUUCUUAUGUCUUGCAUGCCAUUUGUCUGGACAAGUUUGUGUGAAUAUGUACCAAUUCACUCUCCUAUCCCUUUUUAUCCCAGUCUUUAUCAUGCAAAAAAUAUUAUGGCAAUAACUCCUAUGUUUGAGUGUGUUUUCGCCACCGUGUCGAUAUAACUGUUAAUACUAUCAGUAAUAAUACAAAAAAGAGUGUGCAUUCAGGAAAUUUAAUUUACAUGUUUGCAGGGUUUUCUUUUUGGUUGUCUCAUUGUUUUGAUGAGGAAUGAUGUGUAGCCGUUCAUUCAACAGCCAAAACCUUAAGCUUUCAGCCAUAAAAACAGAACUUACAGUAUAUAAUAUUACUUUCAGGAUCUAGUACUAAGGAGAGAAUACUGAAUGAAUAUGUAUGAGUAAGUAAGACAUGUAAUUAUUAUUUUAAGCUGUAUUGAUAAAUAUUAACUUGAAAGUGGACUAAAGGUCUGUAUUUUGCACCAUGUGAAGAUUUGUGAAACAGACAACACUCCUCCAUCAGCACACACACACACAUACAGUGAAGUGAAUACUGCAGUUUGGCUACUGAUUUAGUUAGACAGCAAAACCAGAAGUGUUUUGAAGGAAUGUGAAAAGGAUGUGAAGUGAUGCUUUAUUUGGUUCCACUUGUUGUUGGUUUAGGUGUGAGAAUGAGCUGCUAAGGGUGAUGCAGAAUGCUGUGAGCAAUAAAGGAUUAUCACAUAUGUUUUUGCCUGAGAUUCAAUAAAGAUUUAAGACCUUGUUCACAUUAA